GCCUGGCGGGCGGGAGGGGAGGUAGCAGGCGCUUUUGCAGGAGGGGCGCACCUCUCCUCUCUCGUACCCCCCGGAAGGUAGACCGAAAAGGGGAGGCGGGCGGGCGGAGAGUGCGCGAUCUAGCGGGAGUGGGGGCGGCUAUGUGGGGGGUGCGCCCCACUGUCUAGACAGUCCGAUCUGGGCAGGGGGCGUGUGCGCUGGGCGCACCUGCGAGACUACAGAGCCCCGGGCCGGCACGUGUGGAGAGUGGACACGUCCGCUGCGCCCCGCUUCUCGCUGCCUAGGGGAAGGGAGGGGGGCGGGAAGGUGCCGGGGCCCGGCUAGUGGGGAGGGGGCGGCGGCCAUGGAGCGGGUGAACGACGCUUCUUGCGGCCCGUCGGGCGGGCGGCGGGGCUGGGGGCAGCCGAGAACUGGAGAUGCACACCAUCAGCUCCAAGGUGUUCGGGGACAUCCUGGACUUCGCCUACACUUCCCGCAUCGUAGUGCGCCUGGAGAGCUUCCCUGAGCUCAUGACGGCCGCCAAGUUCCUGCUGAUGAGGUCGGUAAUCGAGAUCUGCCAGGAAGUCAUCAAACAGUCUAACGUGCAGAUCCUCGUGCCCCCUGCCCGGGCCGACAUCAUGCUCUUUCGUCCCCCUGGGACCUCGGACUUGGGCUUCCCUUUGGACAUGACCAAUGGGGCAGCCUUGGCAGCCAACAGCAAUGGCAUCGCAGGCAGCAUGCAGCCCGAGGAGGACGCAGCCCGGGCAGCUGGUGCAGCCAUUGCCAGCCAAACCUCCCUGCCUGUGUUACCUGGGGUGGACCGCUUGCCCAUGGUGGCUGGACCCCUGUCUCCCCAACUGCUGACUUCCCCGUUCCCCAAUGUGGCGUCCAGUGCCCCUCCCCUGACUGGCAAGCGAGGCCGGGGCCGCCCAAGGAAGGCCAACCUGCUGGACUCAAUGUUUGGGUCCCCUGGGGGCCUGAGAGAGGCAGGCAUCCUUCCGUGUGGCCUGUGUGGGAAGGUGUUCACUGAUGCCAACCGGCUCCGGCAGCACGAGGCCCAACACGGUGUCACCAGCCUCCAACUGGGCUACAUCGACCUCCCUCCUCCGAGGCUGGGCGAGAAUGGGCUCCCCAUCUCUGAGGACCCCGACGGCCCCCGCAAGAGGAGCCGGACCAGGAAGCAGGUGGCUUGUGAGAUCUGCGGCAAGAUCUUCCGCGACGUGUACCAUCUCAACCGGCACAAGCUCUCCCAUUCUGGGGAGAAGCCCUACUCCUGUCCCGUGUGUGGGCUGCGGUUCAAGAGGAAAGACCGCAUGUCCUACCAUGUGCGGUCCCAUGAUGGGUCCGUGGGCAAGCCCUACAUCUGCCAGAGCUGUGGGAAAGGCUUCUCCAGGCCUGAUCACUUGAACGGACAUAUCAAGCAGGUUCACACUUCCGAGCGGCCGCACAAGUGUCAGACCUGCAAUGCUUCUUUCGCCACCCGAGACCGACUGCGCUCCCAUCUGGCCUGUCAUGAAGACAAGGUGCCCUGCCAGGUGUGUGGGAAGUACUUACGGGCAGCAUACAUGGCAGACCACCUGAAGAAACACAGCGAGGGGCCCAGCAACUUCUGCAGUAUCUGUAACCGAGGUUUCUCCUCUGCCUCCUACUUAAAGGUCCAUGUUAAAACCCACCACGGUGUUCCCCUUCCCCAGGUCUCCAGGCACCAGGAGCCCAUCCCGAAUGGGGGAGCAGCGUUCCACUGCGCCAGGACCUAUGGCAACAAAGAAGGCCAGAAAUGCUCACAUCAGGAUCCGAUUGAGAGCUCCGACUCCUAUGGUGACCUCUCAGAUGCCAGCGACCUGAAGACACCAGAGAAGCAGAGUGCCAACGGCUCUUUCUCCUGUGACAUGGCGGUCCCCAAAAACAAAAUGGAGUCUGAUGGGGAGAAGAAGUACCCAUGCCCUGAAUGUGGGAGCUUCUUCCGCUCUAAGUCCUACUUGAACAAACAUAUCCAGAAGGUGCAUGUCCGGGCCCUUGGGGGUCCCCUGGGGGACUUGGGCCCUGCCCUUGGCUCGCCUUUCUCUCCCCAGCAGAACAUGUCUCUUCUUGAGUCAUUUGGGUUUCAGAUUGUUCAGUCGGCAUUUGCAUCAUCUUUAGUAGAUCCUGAGGUUGACCAGCAGCCCAUGGGGCCUGAGGGGAAGUGAGGCAGAUGCUGCGUCCCCAAAGAAACAGCCCACGGGGACUGCUGAGAAAUGCUGUGAAUGCGGAGGAAAGUGAUGUCUUUGGGUUCUGUAGCUGAGAGAUUUUUAUUCAUUUUUAACUGUCUCCUUCCCCCAACCCUACUCCCUCUCUACCAUCCGUUUUCCCCAUGGUCUUUAGAAAUAGAUUCUCAUCUGAUACUCUGCAGAAAUACCUUGAGAGACCCCGUAUGGGAUGAGGGCAGAAAACACUACAUAGGCCUCCAUGGCAAUACCAGUCCCAGUUUCUCUAUCGGGUGGAAGCUGGAAUUCUGGUGCUCAACUUUUAGUGACCCCAAUCUGAAGUCCAAACCCCAUGGCAUUCUGGGACCUCAGUGAUUUUGGUCCCUCCCAAUUCUUCACUUCCUCUUCCCAUACCCCUCAAAAGAAACCACAGUAGGGUCUCCACACACUUACACAAUGCCGAUGCCCAACUGUUUUUAAGGAAGCCGGAAGCCUACAGCAUCCCACUGACCAUGGGGUGAGUGUCCUCCAAGAGCCCCCCUGAGCUCAGCCCUUGGCCUUCUGAGCUUUAUUCGGAGGCUGGUAUUUCACUGCUAGGGCAAGCUCAGCUAUUGAGGAUACCCUCACCCCAAAUUCCAGUUCUUAUGUGAUUUUGACCAUUCAACUUGCUGUUGGGUUUGAAUUCUCUAAUUAUUAUUAUUAUUGUUAUUAUUUUUUAGGACCAGUUGUAGUGAAUUGCUACUGAAAGCUAUCCCAGGUGGUACAGAGCUCUUUGUAAACCGCAGACACACGUUAGGGUUAGUAUUAAACUUCGUUUAGAUGUACCAUAAUUAACUUGGCUAGUUGAUUGUUUGAAGUCUAUGGAAGAAAUAGUUUUAUGCAAAAUUUUAAAAAAUGCCAGUCUGGUCAGGGAGGUUGGGAGUGUUGGUGCUGUUGGGAAUCAAGAAGGUGGGAGAGCCAGCAGGUAGGGGUAUCAUGUACCUCGGUCGUGUCACGUGAGCAAGCCCAGGUUGACCUUGUGAUGUGAAUUGAUCUGAUCAGACUGUAUUAAAAACAUUAGUACGUUACUCUA